UGGAGAUUGCAUGGCGGUGUGCUUUAUUUUAUACACCUGUCAGCAACGGGUGUGGCUGAAAUAGACAAAUCCACUAAUUUGAAGGGGUGUCCACAUACGCUUGUAUUUAUAGUGUAUGUUAAUAUAAGUCACUGGGAAAGUAAAUGGACUUUCUGGUUUCCCGUCUUGUCUCUGUCAUCUUCUACUGUGAGAUUAACUGCUUUAUGGCCUUUGCCUUUUUUUUGCCAAAUCAAAAAUGUUUGUCUUGGAAAUUUCUUCUUUUUUUUGAGCAAUGAAUUAUGUAAAUAGUUCAGUAGCUAGGUCUGUACAAAUAUCAAGCUGUUAAGAUUUUUUACUUAUGUGAGCGUAUAUGGAUAUUUUAUAUUAAUGUACUGAUGGUCAAGAUAGUGUGUUGGUUGUGUGGUUAUCAGCCUUGUUUGUAAUUUGCCUCAGUGGAAUUAUGUCUACUGCGGUCAAUGAGCUGAGAGAGAGUGGCAGAAUUCAAAGUGCCUUGUGCAAUAUCUCAUCUCUGAAGCAAACAGCAUGCAAAGUGUGCCUUCCUGAGCAAAGAGAAAACACCACUCCUAUAUAUUCAAGAAAUAAAAAGGCAUGCUUUUUAAUUUAGACAUUGUACUGUUAUCGUUCACCCUCAGUUGUGAUAUUUUCUGUGGCGCAUUUUUGAAAUAUAUAUUUAUGGUGUCAAUACUUUGGAAUUAUUUAGUAAAUAUGUUAUCUGGGUGGAUAAACAACGUAAACUAUGCUUAAAGAUUAACUUUGUCAUUCAAAUUAAGGACAGCAUUUGACUACACUCAUUGGACUAAUACUUGUACUAAAUCAUAGCCUACUACCAAUAGUCUCAAACUAUGAUUUUAACUCGAAAACAUCAGAUCCGCAAACAAAUGUCGGAUAGUGCAAAAAAAAAAAAAUGUUAUACCUCCAGAUUGGUUUUGACACUGGUAUUUUCAGACUUUACCUGUCUGAGCCCCUCUACUUUUUAAUGCUUGUGGGUGUUUUCUAUUGGUGCAAAGGUGAUAUUGCUUGACACACGGCAAGACUGACAUGCAUGGUAGCCAAUUGCUGAAACGCGCCUGCCCCCUCUUGACGACAUACCUGGAGCUCCAAUCACACCUUAAAACCGGGAAGGGCUGGUUCGUCACUAGUUACCAUAGCCACAAAGUCAUAAUUAUAGCUUUAACCUAAACGCCGCCUGUUAAUUUAAUAUCUUUUUAAAUCAGAUUUCAACCUUAACCACACUGCUAAUCUUAUGCCUAACCUUAAGUUAAGAGAACAUAUCUUAACAAAAUCAUGAAUUGUUACCAUAUAGACAUUUUACAUUGUGGCUGUGGUAACUAAUGACAACCGAGGGGCUGGGUUUGUUGACAGAAAGUGUGGCGCGCUAUCGACUUUGUCAGCCAGCUGAGCCUAGGUGGCUUGUAAGCAAUACACGGAAGACAAAUCAGCCAUUUAUUCAUCAAAGAUUGUCGAUUUGAACUAUGUAUUUUAAGACCGAUCCAGAACAAAGAUGCAAUGGAAGUCGAUACUGGUUGAGCUCGUCGUACUCAGACUGACUUUCAGUUGUCUACUAUGGCUAGCGUUUGGACUGGGACCUAGCUGGGGGUUCAACUUUCCCCUAAAUUUAAAUUUGCACAAAAUACAACUUUUCAAUGAGGAUGAUGGGACAUCCUCAAGUGACAAUUCAUGGUCACAACGAAUACACGGCCAUGGAGACGCACAAAGCAGGACCUCUUGUCCCAAACUUGGUGAAGAAGAUUCACCUAAGAAGAAGUCUUACCUUAGCCUCUUUGAAGGAGACAGGGAUGAGUAUGACAGGAUAUAUAGCUCCUUCCCGGACACACUCAAGUUAAAGAUGAAAGGCAUGGCCAAAGACAUGUUCUACUUUGGAUAUGACAACUACAUGAAAUAUGCCUUUCCUGAGGAUGAGCUGAAUCCCAUUGACUGUCAAGGGAGAGGUCCUGACGUUCUCAACCCGUCAAACAUCAACAUCAAUGAUGUCUUGGGAAACUAUUCAUUGACACUCAUUGACACCCUAGACACACUACUGGUGCUGGGGAAUGUGUCCGAGUUCCAUAGAGCUGUGAAGUUGGUGAUAGACACGGUAUCUUUCGACAAGGACUCCACUGUGCAAGUGUUUGAGGCUAACAUCCGGAUCCUGGGUAGUCUGAUCUCUGCUCACAUCCUCCUGACCGACCCCAAGCAUCCCUUCGGUGACGUGGGCCUGGACGAUUAUGACAAUGAGCUACUACACCUGGCCCAUGACCUGGCAGUCCGCCUGCUGCCAGCCUUCGAGAACACCAGCACAGGCAUCCCCCACCCCAGGGUGAACCUGAAGAGUGGUGUCUCUCCAGACAGCAUCAAUGAGACUUGCACAUCUGGGGCUGGCUCCCUGCUGGUGGAGUUUGGCAUUCUGAGCCGUCUGAUUGGAGACUCCACGUUUGAGUGGGUGGCCAGACGGGCUGUCCGAGCCCUGUGGAACCUGAGGAGCAACGAGACAGGCUUGCUAGGGAAUGUGGUGAACAUUCAAACGGGACAGUGGGUUGGCAUACAAAGUGGCCUGGGAGCAGGGAUGGACUCCUUCUAUGAGUACCUGCUUAAGUCUUACAUCCUGUUUGGAGAGAAAGAGGACUACCGGAUGUUCCAAGCUUCUUAUGAGAGCAUCCAGAACCACCUGAGAAUGGGGAGGGAGUCAUGUAAUGAGGGAGAAGGGGACCCUCCACUCUACGUCAAUGUGAACAUGUUCAACGGCCAGAUCAUGAACACCUGGAUGGACUCCCUGCAAGCCUUCUUCCCUGGCCUCCUGGUGUUGAAUGGUGAUGUUGAGGAGGCCAUUUGCAUGCAUGCCUUCUACUACGCCAUCUGGAAGCGCUUCGGGGCCCUGCCGGAGAGGUACAACUGGCAGCUACAGGCGCCUGACGUGCUCGUCUACCCCCUGAGGCCAGAACUGGUGGAGUCCACCUAUCUCCUCUACCAGGCAACCAAAAAUCCUUUCUAUUUGCACGUAGGAAUGGAUAUCCUUGAGAGCCUGGAAAAAAAUGCCAAAGUCAGGUGUGGGUAUGCCACUCUUCACCAUGUGGUGGACAAGUCCAAAGAGGAUCGCAUGGAGAGCUUCUUUCUCAGCGAGACCUGCAAAUACCUUUACCUGCUGUUUGAUGACGACAACCCCUUGCACAAAUCAGAGAACAAGUACAUCUUCACCACAGAGGGCCAUGUGGUGCCUAUUGACACGCGCUUCCGGGAAAAGCAGUGGAAUGACCUGUUCCCCUGUGAGGAGGGAGUGGUGACAGACCAGGAGACCUCCAACGGGUCAUUUUCUAUCAACAAUAGCAAUUGUGACAGGGUCUCUGAGGAGCGGAGGUACUCCCUGCCUUUGAAGAGUGUGUACAUGAGACAGAUCGAUCACAUGGUGGGACUGUUCUGAGGAGAGAUCACUGCUGUGUCUGUGUCCUCAGUUUGUAGACUCACUAUCUCAGACACAGCUUGUUGUGUGAAGAGGACAGAGGGGAAUAGACACUUAUCUUCUCACCUCACCCUGCUUCUCUACCGCUCUGCUGCUCAGGACCAUGGUGGACAAUACUCUCUAGGACCUUUUUUAAAAUAGCAUUUCAAUUUUUUUUGCAUUAUUGUUUUAGAAUAUGCAUCACUUAGCGUUCAGAAGGGGAAGUUUAUUUUGUAAAGGACAGUCUUUUUUUUUUUUUUCAGUAAAAGGUUUGCUGGAAUCCUGUUACACAACAUUUUGAAUGUGACUCAUUGGGUGUUGUUUUGUGUCAUUAUAACUGGGAUGUUUUGGUUGAGGAAUGAAUGAAGCAGUGAUGAGGGCUUUAGUGUUCGAGCAUUGGUUUAGGUGUGUAGCUAGGUGUUCUGAACAUACCGCCGAUCUGUGAACUAUUAUUGGGUUGAGGGAACAGUGCCAUCCAGAUACCUGUUUAAUGUUCACAGCAUAAUUUUAAGUGCAUUACGCAAAAAAAAGAUAUACAGGGUGACUAGUGCCUCACUAGGAUUGUCACAGUUAUGUUUUCAACUGAUAACUCUUCUGAAGCCUCAGCUUCUGAGGCAUCCUGUUAUCUUUUUUAAAUUCAGUAUUAUUCAGCUAUCUGAGGUGGAUGUGUGAUAUAUGCAUUUCUGACUAUCAUGCAAUUGUCUUGCAAUAGGCAGGUGGAUGUAUGUAUGUCAUUUUAUGUGCCAUGACAGUGAGAUUUACAGUCACAUGAACCAUAGUGCCGUAGUCUUUUUGGCUCCUUUUUAAUAUAUACUCGACACGUAUUAAUACAGACUUGACUUGGUACCUUAUUUAUACAGACUUGGUAUUAAUGCAGACGUGACACCUUAUUAAUGCAGACGUGACACCUUAUUAAUGCAGACGUGACACCUUAUUAAUGCAGACGUGACACCUUAUUAAUGCAGACGUGACACCUUAUUGAUGCAGACGUGACACCUUAUUGAUGCAGACGUGACACCUUAUUGAUGCUGACGUGACACCUUAUUGAUGCUGACGUGACACCUUAUUGAUGCUGACGUGACACCUUAUUGAUGCUGACGUGACACCUUAUUGAUGCUGACGUGACACCUUAUUGAUGCUGACGUGACACCUUAUUGAUGCUGACGUGACUUGGUACCUUAUUAAUACAGACUUGACUUAAUAUAAAAGCCAAGAUGGUUGUGAUAAAGUGAAAUAAGUUAAUAACUUCCAUCCUGUGACCGCUCUAGAAGGUGGAAAUCAUUCCUCUUUAGUACAAUAUUAUUGACACUUCCUGUGGGUUUAAACAAAGCCAUAAAGUGUGUAAUGUUUAAGGUUGUGUAAGAGUAUCAUGUCUCUAUUGAACAAUUAUGAAUUUCUAUUCCUAGUAUUCAUAUUCAAGGAAGGGCUAUUCAUGCGGCUAUACACCGGUUGUGCUGCUUUGUUAGUUCAUGUUCAUGUGAAUUUUGCUGUAUAUCCAAAGAGUUAGUACACAGCAGUACAGUAUGUGUAUGUGGACGACCUUGUGCAAAUGGUCCUCCCUUAGGCCACCUUCCCUUGACUUAAUGGUGCUAACAGACUAUGUCAAGUACCAGUAUGUGGGGAGGAAACUCAGGGAUUCUUUUUUGUGAUUGUCUUCUUGCCAUCUUGUUUUGCCUCUGUCUUGUGAAUUCUCAAUUUUUUGUCUUAGGUAAUCUAAUCAGGGCUUAACUUUCUUCUCGCAGGUCAUCUUGAGUUUUAACUUUCUUCUCGCAGGUCAUCUUGAGUUUUAACUAAGUGGGCUUUAGACCUUUACCAAACAGUUCAUACAAUGCUGUAAGAAUGGUUUUCUCUUAAUGUCAGAAAAAUCUAUAAAAAUAUUGUAAGUGAAAUAAAUGCAAAGUACAGAACGUGACAAUACUGAGAGGAAUU